UUUGACUUCAGGACAUAAAGACGAGUGUGAGCACUGAGGGGGGGCUUCAGUGCAUCUCACCAUCACAUCAGAGAGAGAAAGGAAGACAUGUCCUGCCUGGGGACUUUCACCGGUCUCUUCUCCUGCAUGGUCCUCCUCAUUGUCCACUCAAGUGAUGGCUCUGAGAUUAUCAAUGGGAAAGAAGUGAAGCCCCACUCGCUGCCGUACAUGGCUCUGCUUCAGAGUCCCACACAAUCCUGUGGAGGGAUACUGAUCGAUAAAUCAUGGGUCCUGACUGCUGCCCACUGUAUGAGGGGUUCCAAUAUUAAGACCGUGUGGCUGGGGGUGCACUCCAUCAAGGCAAAUGAAGAGGAUUCCAGGCAGGUCAGAAAGGAUCCUAAGCAUUUUCCACAUCCCUGCUAUGAUAAUGUUACAAAGGUCAAUGACCUCAUGUUGCUCAAGCUUGACAAACCUGUGAAGGAAACCGACACGGUGAAGUGUCUUACGUUGGGUGAUGACAUCAGAGAUCCAGCAUCUGGGACCAGCUGCAUGGUGGCAGGAUGGGGCAAAACAAACAACAGUGUUGAGAAAAUGUCAGACGUCUUGAUGUCUGUCAAUGUGACUGUGGUCGACAGAGUGAAGUGCAACUCUGCUGAAUAUUACAACUGCACACCUGUGAUCACCAGUGGCAUGAUAUGUGCCGGUUCAGACGGGAAAAAUACAGCUGACACCUGUGGGGGGGAUUCAGGAGGCCCACUGGUGUGCAGCGGAGGGCUGGUUGGAGUCACUUCUUUCGGAUCCAAAGUAUGUGGCCAGAUUGACAAGCCAGGAGUCUACUCGUAUCUCACAGAGAAAAAACUCAAAUGGAUCAAAGAGACAAUGAAGAAGAACUAAAACUGGAGAGACACGUGUUUAUCAUGACAGCAAAUCGCCAGUGGGACAUUGUUGAGUCCUUCAACUAGACUGAUGUCAACCAGACAGAUUCACCACAUCCUGCAUCAAGAGCCUAAUUUGAAACUGAGGCUUGAGCUCAAGUCUUGUGGAAAAACGAGUGUUGUAAUAAUGAUACAUUUUGGGCCAUGAUGUUUUAUCUAAUCAUCACUGAUCCAUGUUCUUAUACUGUGUUAAAACCCCACAUUAACAUUUCUGUCUUCAUAGAGGCAGAGGCCGAAAUAAAGAGGGCACAUUGUCUGUCUCUCUUUCUCUCUCAGCUUUUCUUUCUCUCAGCUGACUCUUUUACGUUUUGUUCUCCCUCCCAGUGCCGUGUUUUCUCUGGUUUCAGGGUCCUAAGAUCAGUGUUCAAAUAAAAACAAAUCAUUAUA